AGACAGGGAUCAUCGGGACCCACGUGGGAGGCCCGCUACCGUUGAGGGUCUGACAGUGAUGAUGAUGAUGAUACCUUGGAGAAUCUUAAAAUCUCAUCUUUGUAGGAUAGCCGGUUGUCCAAACUAUAAUAAAAGAGUCAAAUGAAGUUUCUUCCACUAGGUGGCAGUACUUGUCCACAUCCUGACCUUCAUGAAAUAAGCACGUGUUGGACACCGACUUUCUGACAGAUACUAUUCCAGGUGCUGGGGUCUCAGAGAACGGAAAAGGCAUGUUCCUACCGGUGCAGCGUUAACAGCUGAGGUGCAACCACCGGCAUGGCAGAAGUAAUCCAAUCACAGGGAUUUAGCAGGGUCCUGGAAGAGAACCAGAGCAUCUCCAAGGCACUGCCAAGAUCUAAGAUCCCACUUUAAUGUCUGCAAGCAACAGUUACUGCAACUUUCAAAGAGUUCAGAAAUGUGGUGCUGCUGUGAAACUACACUUUGGGAACCACUGGUCUGGACCAUGUGAUCUUGCUGUGGUUGUUUUGGCUUGUCUUAACAGUACGAAGCACUUUGAGGUGAUAGUAUCUGUAGGUGGAGAUUUUGUGAGGUGCUCAAGUCAUGAAGGUGGAACCCUGAUGAAUGGGAUUAAUGCCUCAUAAAAGAGGCUCCAGAGAGAUCCCCGCCUCCUUCCACUGCGUGAGGACAUUGGCAGAAGGUGCUGGCUGUGAACCAGGAAGAUGUGAUCGUGCUGGCUCCUUAAUCUUGGACUUCCCAGCCUCCAGAACUCAGCUGAGUUCAAGGCUCAAGUGGAGAACACAUAGCUUCAAAGGCAGAAGGAAUCAAAGGUGCUCCCCAGCGUUGGACGCUUCCUCCACUUGAGAUGCAUACAAAGAUAGUCGGAGUCCUCUGGGGAUGUUUCUUCCUGUGGAAUCUCUACACUUCAUCCGCCCAGACCAUUUACCCUGGCAUCAAGGCUAGGGCUACUCAGCGGGCUCUGGACUAUGGUGUUCAAGCUGGGAUGGAGAUGAUUGAGCAAAUGCUUAAGGAAAAAAACAUCCCAGACUUAAAGGGUUCUGAAUCUCUGGAAUUUCUGAAGGUUGAUUAUGUGAACUACAAUUUUUCAAACAUAAAAAUCAAUGCCUUUUCAUUUCCAAAUACUUCAUUAGCCUUUGUGCCUGGGGUGGGGAUCAAGGCACUGACUAACCACGGCACCGCCAACAUCAGCACCGACUGGGAGAUCAAGUCUCCACUCUUCCAAGACAGAGGAGGAGCUGAUCUGUUUCUCUCUGGGGUCUACUUCACCGGUAUCAUUGUUCUUGCCCGAAAUGACUUUGGUCACCCAAUCCUGAAGCUCCAAGACUGCUAUGCCCAAGUGAACCAUGCCCACGUCUCAUUUUCCGGAGAACUCAGUGUCCUGUACAACUCCUUCGCUGAGCCCAUGGAGAAACCCAUUUUAAAGAACUUAAAUGAAAUGCUGUGUCCCAUUAUCAUGAAUGAGGUGGAAGCCCUGAAUGCCAACCUCAGCACGAUAGAGGUUUUAACCAAGAUAGACAACUAUACUCUCCUGGAUUAUUCCCUAAUCAGUUCUCCAGAAAUUACUGAGAAUUACAUCGACCUGAAUUUGAAGGGCGUCGUCUACCCACUGGAAGACCUCACUGACCCUCCCUUCUCGCCAGUUCCUUUUGUGCUGCCGGAACGCAGUGACUCUAUGUUGUAUGUUGGAAUCUCUGAGUUUUUCUUUAAAUCUGCAUCCUUUGCUUACUUUACAGCUGGAGCCUUCAACGUCACUCUCUCCACGAAAGAGAUUUCCAACCAUUUGGUUCAAAACUCUCAAGGUGUUGGCAACGUGCUCUCCAGGAUCGCAGAGAUCUACAUCUUGUCCCAGCCCUUCUUGGUACGAGUCAUGGCAACGGAGCCUCCCAUGAUCAGUUUACUACCGGGUAAUUUCACCCUGGACAUCCCUGCCUCCAUCAUGAUCCUCACCCAGUCCAAGAACUCAACUGCUGAAGCCAUCGUUUCCAUGGACUUUGUUGCCAGUACCAGUGUUGGCCUGGUUAUUUUGGGACAAAGACUGGUCUGCUCAUUGUCUCUGAACAGAUUCCGCCUCUCUUUACCAGAGUCCAAUCGCAGCAACAUUGAGGUCUUGAGGUUUGAGAAUAUUCUGUCCUCCAUUCUCCACUUUGGUAUCCUCCCACUGGCCAACGCAAAAUUGCAGCAAGGAUUUCCGCUGCCCAACCCACACAAAAUCUCCUUUGUCAAUUCAGAUAUUGAAGUUUUUGAGGGUUUCCUUUUGAUUUCCACCGACCUGAAGUAUGAAACGUCCUUAAAGCAGCAGCCAAGUUUCCAUGGUUGGGAAGGUCUGAACUUCAUAAAUGGACAGUGGAGGGGGAAGCCAGCUGCUUGAUUGCCUGUUGGGAGUCCACUCCAGGAAGUAGAUGGCCCUUAAUCCCACAGCUACUGUAAACCCGGAAGGGGCAGACAGUAAACACUGGGUUGUAAGCCCUAGUGAAAUGCUUAGGCUGACAGUUUUCUUUCUCAAACCCUCAGGGAAGAGGGAGGCAAACUGGGUUAAAGAGCUAAAUCAGGGUGUGUGUCUCCACGUGUAUGGAGGGGUGGGUGUUUGGAUGUGUGUUCAUGUUUGAAUGCACAUUUGUGUGCUCCUGUGUUAAUAAGGUGCUGGGGCCAAGAGCUAGGCCUGUGCUUCUGAGGAGGUGCCUGAGAAACUCUGAUUUGCCUGACAGCUCCCUUGAGCUCUUUCAGCAACCCAGGGUUUCCCACACUUCCCCGCAUAUUGGAUUUUAUGUUUUAUAUUUACUGCUACUGUCCUCUGUUUUUAAUUAAACUUGUUUUCUAUCAAUGUCAA